UUGUACGCGGGGAGAUGCAGCUGUCAGCCCUCCCGGCUGCCGAUCCCCGCUCGCUCCCGGACUAGGAAUGGGCAGCAGCAAGUCGCCUGUUGCCCUCCUGGUGGCCCUGUGGCUCUGCCAGCUGGGCGCGUGGGCAGCGGGGCGCCCCAAGGUGAACCCCAGGAUCAUCGCGGCUCCCCAAGGUGCCAAGGAAUAUGUGUUCCCACGGAGGGAGAGGUUCCCAGUGUUCUUCCACCAGGAAAACACCUCCUCCAUCUACGUCGGGGGCGAGGGCAGGCUCUACUACUACGACUUUGCAACGCGUGAGAACUACACGGAAGAGUUCCCGGUGAGAAAUGAAGGCCAGUGCGUGUCCUCUGGGAAUUUGGAGGACAGCCGGAAUUACCUGACCCUGGUGGAGCAGUACGGGGACGGGCUCCUCGUGUGCGGCACCGGCGCCUGCGCUCCCACCUGCUGGAACGUGACACAGAGGAAGGAGAGCCAGCCCUGGGAUGGGAGAGGGAUUGCUCCCUUCACCCCUGACUCCAACACCCUCGUCGUGGUCGAUGGCCAGGACAUCUACUCCACCAUCAAGAAGAGCCAGCAGAACGGGAAGAUCCCUCGGUUCCGCCGCGUGAGGGGCGGGGGAGAGCUCUACACCAGUGACACCGUGAUGCAGAACCCUCAGUUUGUCAAGGCCACCACGCUGAGGCACGAGGAGCCUCACCAGGACAAGAUUUAUUACUUCUUCCGCGAGGACAACCCCGACAAGAGCCCCGAGGCGCCCCGCAACAUCUCGCGGGUGGCCCAGCUGUGUAAGGAGGACAGGGGAGGAACCAGCUCCCUCUCAGCCUCCAAGUGGACCACGUUCCUCAAGGCCACCCUGAUCUGCGUGGACCCCGUCACCAAGGGCAACUUCAACUGGCUCCAGGACGUCUUCUUCGUCCCUGCCGGUGACUGGCGGCACUCCAAGGUCUACGGGCUCUUCACCAACACCUGGGGGAGCUCUGCCGUCUGCGUUUACUCCUUCGGGGACAUCGACAACGUGUUCAGGGCAUCGCGGCUCAAAGGCUACAACGGCCCCACCCCCGAGGUCAAACCCGGCCAGUGCGUCCCCUCGGGGCAGCACACGCCGAGCGAGACCUUCAAGAUCGCGGACAGCCACCCGGAGGUGGAGGAGCGGGUGGAGCCGCUGUCCCCGUCGCGCAGCCCCCUGUUCCACAACAAGCACCGCUACCAGAAAAUCGGCGUGCACGAGGUGCCCGCGGCCGACGGGCACCGCUACAACGUCCUCUACCUGGCCACAGACAAGGGGUCCAUCCACAAGGUGGUGGAGCUGCCAGACGGGGUGCAGAACAUCGUGGAGAUCCAGGUGUUCCCCAACAAGGAUCCCAUCCAGUCCAUGAUCCUGGACCACACCAGGGCCGUGCUCUACGUGGGCUCCAGCCGCCGCGUCCUGGAGCUGCCCAUGGACAUGUGCGGGGCCUACCGCAACAACUGCCACAGCUGCGUGCUGGCCAGGGACCCCUACUGCGGCUGGGCCAACGGCUCCUGCCUCUCGCUGGCCCUCAGCAGGGACGUGCUCCAGAACCUGAACUUGGACUCGUGGCAAGGAAGCUGCCAGAGGGGUGACGUCAAGGAAGACGACUUCCACAACGUCUCGGUGAUGCUGCAGUCCCGCUACUACCUCAACUGCUCCAUCGAGUCCCACUACGCCACCUACAACUGGUACCACGAGGACGUGCUCAUCAAGAGCUGCAACACCUCCCACCCCCAGCACGACUGCUUCCACUUCAUCCCCAGCGUGAGCCGCGAGCACUACGGCCGCUACGUCUGCGUGUCCGAGGAGGACGGCUUCCGCCAGGCGCUGGUCAAGGAGCACCUGAUGGACCACCAGCGCUUCCUCUGGCAGCGCGGCCAUGCCCCAGCCGUGCCGGCCUCGUGGCUCCGGCUGCUGCUCGUGGUGGCCCUGGCCGAGCUCUUCCACUGACGCCGUCCCGCUCGCCCUGCCCGUGGGCUUUGAGCGCCCCUCGCCGCCGGCCUCGCUGGCGGAGCCGCGGGAGGAGGGCGCGACACGCGGUGGCGGCCCCGCCGGCCAGCCAUGCAUGCGCUGAUGCUCAGGGCGCGGCCGCUCCUUGCAUGUGAUGAAGAUGAGGAGGAGGAGGAGGAGGAGCCGGCCCUCGGCCUCCUCCGGACUGUGGGAUGCCCGCUGCCUCCCGAGGUUGGGGCUGGGACGCCCCCGGCGAGUCCCCUCCUGCUUGAGGGGGGCUCGGGUCGUUGUUUUUUUUUUUUUUGUUUGGUGUGGGAGGGAGGUCGGGAAUCGGCGCACCACGCGUUGGGAAUUUGCAUGGAAAAGCCUCGGAAGGUGACUGGAGUUGGGGUGUGGGAACGGGGAGGGGAGGUGGGAGCAGAGCCCGGAGCGGAGCGGGAGGCGCUGGGAGGAUGCUGGAGACGCACAAAUGCUCCGCGGGCGGCUGAGCCGAGCCGAGGGGCAGCGCGGGGGCCGUGCCCGCUCCCACCCUGCCCUGGGCGCCCUCAGGGAAAGCGGCCGCGGAUCUCAGGGCACCGGGGGGGCUGUCCCCGCCUCUGUCCCUGUCCCCGCGCUCUCGGAGGUCUCGGAGCGAGACUAAACUGUGAAAAUCGGGAUUUUCCCCCUGUGCAAAGGGGGCGUCCCGCUCCUUGUCCCAACCUCGCCCAGCCCGGAGCGGCCCUGCCCUGGGCGGGGACACCCAGGGGACACCCUGGCCGUGCUUCCAAUGCCUGUCCCGGCUCCUGCUCACUCAGGAGAGGCCACGUCCGGAGCCAGAGCUUCCUACUGCACUACACGCCCGAGAUGUUCCCCAUCCCCAGUCCAGGACAGAGCUUCUCACAGCCCUUCUCAAAGCACUUUAACUUUGUGGACUAACAGAUAUUUAUUAUACCGACUGCUCGUUUCUGUCUUGUAGGAUUUUAUAAUAUUACAGCAGGUGGGGGCGGAUCACAGGAGAGGAAAAUUUAAAAAAAAAUCCACCACAACAGCUACCAAAAAACCCCCCCCCAACCCUUUCAGACCUGUAACCAAAGCGGAUGGUUGGAAUAAAGAGAGGAAAAAAGCA